UAUUCCUGACACAAUGAUCUUAAUAUUCAGCCAUGAAGGCCUAUUUCAAUCAUGCCCGUUUGUUUCUUCUCAACAGUUCUACGUCGUCGUCGCUAUCUGCGCCCUCGUGGCUUACGGAGCUUACGCCAAGGAAGCUGCCAAAAAGGAGAAGGUCGAAGGGCGUGGAGGCCUUCUGGGCGGUGGCCUCGGAGUCGGCGGCUACGGCGCCGGUGUUGGACCCGGUCUCGUCGGCGCUGGUCUCGGAGGUGCAGGCAUCGGAGCAGCUGGUCUUGGAGGGGCUGGUCUCGGAGGUGCAGGCAUCGGAGCAGCUGGUUUUGGAGGUGCUGGUCUCGGAGGUGCAGGCAUCGGGGCAGCUGGGCUAGGCGGCUACGGAGGAGCUGGUAUCGCCGCCCCGGCAGUGGCAGGCACUGGUCUCGUCGGAACCGGUGGUCUCGGAUACGGAAGCGGCAUCGGGCUCGGUCGUCUCGGGUAUGGUGGUCUCGGUUACGGGGGCGGUCUCGGCUACGGCAGAGGAUUCCAGUCCGGCUACGGCUCAUCGGCUGGUGGUCAGCAGGGUGGAUACCAGGGCGGUGCUGCCGGACACAACCAGGGAUCCGUGGGCUUCGGGGGUGGUGCUGCCAACAGGAACGUGAACGCCUACAACAACAACCGGGGAUACAGCCACACUUCGGGAUUCUCGGCCAGCGACAGCAAGAACUUCGGUUCCGGUCAUAACCAGGGUUCUACCGGGUUCGGAAAAGGAGCUGCUGGUCAGCAGGGAGGGUACGGGCAAUCGACAUUCGGACAGAACGCUGGCUCUGGCUUCGGUGGAGGAUACCUUGGUUAAAAUUCACAGACAAUAAA